GGGCACGCGACGACCAAAAGGUUAGCCAUCACUGGUAUAGGCUGGCAAUGAUCUCUUCUGUAAUGAACCAUAGUGAAAUAAACCACAAUUAGUAUUUUAUGUAAGUGGAAAUAAACAUUUGCAAAUUAAUCUUAAGUUUUGAAUUGCUGUUCAUUUCUCCCCCCCCCCCUCAGGAUGACGCCCAUCGGGGAUUAGCAGGGGCGUCAGCUGUGGUGGAAGUUGAAGCAGGUGAAAUAGAUCCUGAACCCUCCAAAGAGGACUUGGAGGUCUCGUCGGGAGCCUUGUCUCCUCGGAAGUCCAAAAGCACGUUGGGAGCAGUAGGGGACGGCCUCCUGGUCUCCACCCGAAAUGGGGAUGAUGGCGCCUGGACGCAAGCGACGGGGAGUGGAAAAGAAGGAGGACGUGUGUCUCCAGAAUCAGAAGGCCCCUUGGCCGGAUCAAACCCUAGUCCCACCCCAGGGAGCAAAGGCCUACCUGGUCAUGCCGCCAAGACUUUCCCAUCAUCCCCCAGCAAAACAGCUGGCCCCAGCCGAGCCAAGAUGUCCCUUACCGGGACCAGCAAGUCCCCAACUAUCCAGAGUCUGGCUAUGCGCUUACUAACUAUGCCUGGAUCACGUCUUCCGGGGGAUUCUGGGUCUCCCACAACAGAAGCCCCAGAUUCGGCCCCUACUCCUGCUCCGGCAGCGGCCUCUCCUGCUCAGCCUUCAGCAUCAACCACUGAGGAAGUCAAGCCCAAGGUCCACCGAGCUCGGAAAACAAUGUCGAAGCCCAGCAGCGUACAGGUGCCUGAAAAAAGGGUCUCAGAGAUGUUGCAUUUCCGUGUCUCGGAUGACUUGAGAAGCAUUUUAGAACCAGAAGAACCCGCAAAGCACAGGAAAUACGAUUACAUGGCAGAUGCGUUGCACAAAAGGAUUCCGCUCUCGCUUCAGCGCUCAAGUCCCAGGGCUACCACAGAGAUCACGGUGACGGAGGAGAUGACGGCUCCCGCCACGGCUUCGCAGGACGAUGGAGGCCAGGAAUGGGAGACUGAAGUGGGGGAUGACUUCAGCCUCUUCUACGACAGCUACUCUGUGGACGGCCACAUGGAUUCGGACAGCAAGUCUGAUGCAGAUGUUACUGGAGAACAUAUGAGUGAGGAGGAGGAGGAGGAAGAGGAGGAGGAGGAAGAAGAGGAAGAGGAGGAGGAAGAGGAAGAUGAUGAUGAUGAAGAUGAUGAGGAAGAGUCAGGAAACAUCUCUGAUAGGAGCACUGCCUCCAGCUCCAAACGUAAAGCCCGGAAGCGCUGGCGGCACGACAGUCCCUGGAUGAAACCAUCCCGAAAACGGAAGCGCAAAGAGCCGCAUCCCAAGGACAACAAAGGCCUGAAUGGUGGCCCUUCAGCCACCCAGAGCGAGUACACGGAGGUACCUCUUGGCUGCCUGGAGCUGCCCAACGAGGGGCCACUGUCCCCCAACAAUGCCGGUGUGUCUAAUGAGACAAGUUCGCUGGAAACGGAACGAUUUGAGGAACUUCCGUUGUGUUCUUGCCGCAUGGAAGCCCCAACCAUUGAGCGUCUUAGCCAGCAGGCUGGAAAUCAGUGCAUGGCAACCGAGAGUGCUGAUGGGGAGCUAAAUGGCUGCAGCAGCAGCAUCUUGAAGCAAGAAACGAUGCGUCCCUCCAGCCGGGUUCCCCUCAUGGUCCUGUGUGAAACCCAUCGCGCCCGGAUGGUGAAGCAUCACUGCUGCCCUGGAUGUGGCUACUUCUGCACGGCGGGCACCUUUCUGGAGUGCCACCCGGACUUCCGUGUGGCCCAUCGCUUCCACAAGGCCUGCGUUUCCCAGCUCAAUGGCAUGAUCUUCUGUCCACAUUGUGGAGAGGACGCUUCGGAGGCGCAAGAAAUCACCAUAGCCAAGGCGGACACCUCCACGCCUGUCCCCAUCCCACCGUCGCAUAGCCAAGGUGCUUCCGAAUCCACCGGCCGUGCUGACACCACCCAGCCCAGUGCUCGGAUGCGUGGGGGCUCUGGGGUUGAACACCCACCAGACGAUACGGUGGGCUUUGGGGGCCCAGGUAUUGAUAGCGCAGGCCCACAGUUGACCCUUCCUAACGGGGCUGUGCUUUCAGCACAAGGAUUGCCAACAGGGGCUGGACGGGAGCAGCUAGAGCGAGCCCUGGUGGUACAGGAAUCCGAAAGGCGCAAGAAACUGCGAUUCCAUCCGCGUCAGCUCUAUCUCUCCGUUAAGCAAGGGGAACUGCAGAAAGUGGUCCUGAUGUUGUUAGACAGCUUAGACCCCAAUUUCCAGACCGAGCAACAAAGCAAGCGUUUCCCACUGCAUGCUGCAGCACAGAAGGGCUACAUGGAAAUCUGUCAUGUUUUGCUGCAGGCUGGAGCCAACAUAAAUACGGUGGACAAGUUGCGUAGAACCCCUUUAAUGGAAGCGGUUGCGAACAACCAUGUGGAACUAGCACGUUACUUGGUCAAGAGGGGUGGCUGCGUGUACACAAAGGAGGAUGAUGGAUCUACCUGUCUUCAUCAUGCUGCCAAGAAUGGAAAUGUGGAGAUGGUCAGCUUGCUCCUUUCCACGGGACAGGUGGACGUCAACGCCCAGGAUAAUGGAGGUUGGACCCCCAUUAUCUGGGCUGCCGAGCACAAACACAUUGAGGUGAUCCGUAUGUUGCUUACCCGAGGAGCUGAUGUCACCUUGACUGACAACGAAGAGAACAUCUGCUUGCACUGGGCCUCCUUCACAGGAAGUGCGGAGAUUGCCGAAGUCUUACUUAAUGCCCAGUGUGACCUCCACGCCGUCAAUUUCCACGGAGACACACCUCUGCACAUAGCGGCCCGGGAGAGCUACCACGAUUGUGUCCUCUUGUUCCUAUCAAGGGGUGCUGACACUGAAAUACGGAAUAAGGAGGGGGAUUUGCCCGUGGACCUGACCUUGGAGAAUUCAGAUGUUUGGUUUGCCCUUCAACUCAACCGCAAGAUCCGCCAAGGCAUCCUUAACCGUUCGGUGCGCACAGAACGUAUCAUCAGCAGGGAUGUGGCUCGGGGCUACGAAAACGUGCCCAUUCCCUGUGUCAACUCUGUGGAUGAUGAACCCUGCCCAGAUGACUACAAGUACAUCUCGGAAAACUGCGAGACUUCCACCAUGAACAUUGAUCGCAAUAUCACCCACUUACAGCAUUGCACGUGCCAGGACGACUGUUCCUCCAGCAACUGUCUCUGUGGACAGCUCAGCAUCCGCUGCUGGUAUGACAAGGACGGACGUUUGCUACAAGAGUUCAACAAGAUUGAGCCCCCUUUGAUCUUUGAGUGUAACCAGGCCUGCACCUGUUGGAGGAACUGCAAAAACCGGGUUGUUCAAGGCGGCAUCAAGGUUCGCCUGCAGCUGUACCGAACGGCGAAAAUGGGUUGGGGCGUCCGAGCCCUUCAGACCAUCCCCCAGGGAACCUUCAUAUGCGAGUAUGUAGGAGAAUUAAUUUCUGAUGCAGAAGCUGAUGUAAGAGAAGACGAUUCAUACCUGUUCGAUCUAGACAAUAAGGAUGGCGAGGUUUACUGCAUCGAUGCCCGUUAUUAUGGCAAUGUCAGCCGUUUCAUCAACCACUUGUGUGACCCUAAUAUCAUCCCCGUCCGAGUCUUCAUGUUGCACCAGGACCUGCGCUUCCCCCGCAUUGCUUUCUUCAGCAGCCGGGACAUUCAGACUGGUGAAGAACUUGGAUUUGACUACGGGGACCGUUUCUGGGACAUCAAAAGCAAAUAUUUCACCUGCCAGUGCGGUUCGGAGAAAUGCAAACAUUCGGCGGAAGCGAUUGCCCUGGAACAGAGCCGCCUGGCUCGCCUGGAGGCCCACCAGGACGUGCUGCCGGACAGCAGCAGCUUCCCCGCCUCUCAGGUUUAACCUGAGUCCCGCUGCCCCUUCUGCAUGUGAAACCGCUUCUCCCGGGCCCCACCCCUGACUUCUCCUUUUUUCCACCACCACCCCACCGUGGACUUCCUCUCGGCUUGUCGUUUUGGAACACGGAAGCUGCUCCGCUCCAAGAGGAAUUUGCCUUAAAGCGAUGCCACGUUGGUGGAAGGAGAGAAGAAAAUGGAAGAAGCGUGUCUGGAGAGAGGCGGGGCGGGUGGAGGGGGGGAGUGUCCCCGGGUGUGAAAGGAAAUGAAACCUCUGCAAGAAAGACAACCUUUUGCCCCAGGGGAUCUGAGCUCCUGAAAGUUUUCCUCACAAUUGAUGCGCCCGCAAUGUCUGACUCUCGUGAUCCGCUGGAGAAACAACCGUGGGAGACCAGAGAACGGGGUGGGGGUGGGUGGGAUGGGGAGGGGGGGUAUCCUCUUCGCUUGAUUUUAUUUUGAAGUGAAGGCUGAGGCCGGUGCCGUUUUGCCGUUUUAAUCCUCCCUGUGCUCACUGACUUUCUUACAUGACCCAGCCAAAUCUUUGGACACUUGCCUCUGUGGAUCUACGAGAACUUGCCGUGGCCAAUUCGCCACGGCCAAACCGCUGCGGCCAUCUUGCCACGGGACGAGAGUUUUCAAAGAACUGGUCCAAGAGAGUCAUUAAAGGAAGGGAUGCCAAAGGAGGAGGGACAAAGUAAAGCGCGGAUGGCAAAAAUGAAAAUAAUUUUUAAAAGGAUUUUAAUGAUUUUAAAUAAGUCGAAUUGUUGAGGUGAGUUGGCUGAGGCAAGAUUGUUCCAUUUUGUGCCUCUGUUUCCUCUACCUGGAGGCAGCCAGCAAACGCAGGAAAUUAGGAGCUCUCUCCAGCUUUCUGGGCCAAAAAAAGCAACUUCCACCAGAGGCUUUGGGAAUGCUCCAUUUUAUUUUAUUUUACUUUAUUGAGCGGAGAAGCAAGGAGGGUGUCCAAAUUCCACUGCAGGCAGGUUGUUUUAUUGUCGUUUUUUGUGCAUCAACACAUUCUGGGAAGGCUUAGAAAUUUAGAAACCAAGCAUCAACUUGAAAGGCCUUUUUUGCCAUCACCCAGUGCAGGGGUCUCCAACCUUGGCAACUUGAAGACUUAUGGACUUCAACUCCCAGAAUUCCUCCGCCAGCUUGCUGAGGAAUUCUCAGGAAUUCUGAGGAAAGUUUGCUGGCGGAGGAAUUCUGGGAGUUGAAGUCCACAAGUCUUAAAAGUUGCCAAGGUUGGAGACCCCUGAUUAUGCUUGUGCUCCUGUGUGAAAAUAUGUUUGUUUGGCUGGCUGGCUGGCAGGACCCGUGUCUGUAGUGUCCCCUUCUCCUUGGGGGCCCAGCUCAUUUUGGAUCAAUUUUUACUUUGGAGUGGGAGCAGUGGCUUGUCUGCACUCUUUGUCUUUGAGUGGUUUUUAAAGUUUUUUUUGUUUUUAAAUUCUUUUAUCCCUCUUCAACCACCGGCAAGAGAGGUUUGACUCGGUUUUGAGGGCCAGCCUUAUCUCCGUCUCUUUUUGUAUGGGUUUCAUAACUUGGGGGGGUUUUAUAAUGUAAUUUUCUCCGCACCGUAAAACUAAUAAAAGUUGGCAACUGGGUGCAUUUUGAUACGAUGAAAAGCAACGGCA